ACAGUCAUAACCAAGAAAAAGCCACAGGAAGGGGAGAAAUGCUGGUCACACAAGACACCUUUAUCUUCAACACCCUCCCACCUUAUCUCUUUCACAUAAAAAAUGGCACAAAAUUCAGACCCACACUCGCCCAGAAAAGAGAUGCGUCUAAGAAUUCAAGCACCCAACAACAACAAUCCAUCCUGCCUUUGAGAGUUUCAAACACAAUCCUUGCCCGCUCUGCCAUUGCAGUGCUUGGACUGGGAUUCAUCGAUGCCGGGUACAGUGGAGACUGGUCAAGGAUCGGAGUCAUCUCCAAGGAGACUGAGGAUUUCCUAAAGCUUUCAGCCCUUUUAGUAGUUCCCCUCUGCCUCUUCCUCAUAUUCUCCAUCUCCAAGGAACCAGAGGACUGAGUCCUUCAAUUUUCCAAUGUCAUAUUUAGGACAGAAUAAAGGAAUGGAAUUCGUUUGCUUGCUUAAA